GCUUCAUUUUCGAAAACAUAUUGUUAGCAGUCUGACAGUCUCACGUUUCAAAUUUUCGCCGAUGUGCUGAAGUAAAUAGAAAAACCAACGGAGUAAAAGUAUCCGCGUAAUUUAUCAACCCCAUAAAAUUGCUGUACGUUACUGGAGAGAUACGCAACGGUACCAAUGGAACGAAAACCGGAAACGCAAAUACAAAACGCUCCCAGCGACAUAAUAUCCUCAGUGAAAUUUUCCCCGCAAACAAACCAAUUCUUGUUAGUUUCAAGCUGGGAUUCCAGCGUCAGGUUGUACGAUGUGGUUAACAACACACUACGGCAGAAAUAUUAUCAUGAUGCUCCAAUACUGGACUGUGCAUUUCAUGAUUCGGUUCGAACGGUCAGCGGCGGAUUGGAUAAUCUGGUUAAGCUGUAUGACCUGAACACGCACGCCGAAAGUAUUAUAGGUACUCAUGACGCCCCGGUUAAGUGUGUCGAACAUUCGUCUAAGGUAAACGGAAUUUUGACGGGGAGCUGGGACAAAACCAUUAAAAUGUGGGAUGUUCGAGAAAAAGAGUGUGUUGGAAGAUACGAACAAAGCAACGGAAAGGUGUAUUCGAUGAGUUGUAUUGACGAGAAGUUGGUAGUGGCCACCUCUGAGCGGAAGGUGCUAGUAUGGGAUCUUCGUAAUAUGGGACAGUAUUUGACACGAAGGGAGUCUUCACUAAAAUUCCAAACUAGAGCGAUCCGCUGCUUUCCGAACAAGGAGGGCUAUGUAAUGAGCUCAAUCGAAGGAAGAGUUGCCGUUGAGUACUUUGAUAUGGAUCCCGAAGUUCAGAAAAAGAAAUUCGCUUUCAAAUGCCAUCGUUCGAAAGAAAAUAACAUCGAGCUCAUCUAUCCUGUAAAUGCACUCAGUUUUCAUAAUGUGUUUAAUACGUUCGCUACUGGCGGUUCUGACGGCUACGUUAACAUUUGGGACGGUUUCAAUAAGAAGCGCCUGUGCCAGUUUCAUCUUUAUGACAGUUCUAUAUCAUCUUUGGCAUUCAGCUAUGACGGGAGCACUUUGGCGAUUGCUUGUUCGUAUCUGGAAGAAUCAGAAAUUCCCCCAGAUCCGAAGCCAGAGCCGACUUUGUAUGUUCGAUAUGUUAGUGAAGCGGAAACUAAGCCUAAGUAGAGUAAAAUCGAUAAUCAGAGUUAGGUUCCCCAAUUUAUAUAAUCAGUUCGAAAUAAAUUUAAUUUUACAAAC